AUGGCAUCGUCUCCGGUGCAUUCCGGCGGCCAGGCGGCCAUUCUCAAGCACACGAGAAUCAUUCUUAACACGACGUUUACAACGACACCUGUGAUGCCCUCGCUGAACGAGAAUCUGCUUCAAAGAGACGUGUUCGACUACGAUUUCAACCGCGAGCACAUCUUCUUGGAGAUCGCGGAGGCGGAGAUCGCCGCUAUGCGCAAGGCAGAGGAGGAAGAGAAGGCCGCUGUAACUCAGGACGACUCGGACGACGAGCUCGCACGACAGAGUGCGAAGCUUUCGCUGUCAGGCAGUGUGGGCAGCACGGGGCAACAAGAUGGCACACCGACUAAGCCGCGUAGUACAAGUGAAGAGGAUGUAGCAGCAGCCAUCUCGGCGUCUCUCCGCGAGUAUUAA